AUGCCACCACGACAGGAAAAGGAUGAGAAAGGAACAUACUUGGGAUUUGAUCUGAGUACGCAAAAGUUAAAAGCAGUCCAAUUAAGUGCAAAGUUAGAGACAAAGGCCACAGCCGAAGUGAAGUUUGAUACCGAUUUACCAGAGUUUCGUACCACUGGCGGCGCUAACGCUGGUGAAUUGAAUAAUGAAUUUUUCGCGAAACCAGUUAUGUGGGUUAAGGCACUCGACAUUGUUUUGGAUCGUUUAGUAGUGCAGGGAGCGGAUUUAAGCACAGUCACUGCGAUAAGUGGUUCAGCACAACAACAUGGUUCACUUUACUGGUCACAGUAUGGUAUACAAAAGUUGAAAAAUCUCGAUCCAGAUAAAUUUCUGCACUUACAAAUCGAUGAUUCAGCUUUUACAGUCACACGUACACCAAUAUGGAUGGAUGGUACUACAGAAAAUCAGUGUCUUGAAAUGGAGACUGCUAUCGGUGGCGCUUCAGAAAUGGUGAGAAUAACUGGUUCCAAAUGCUAUCCCAGAUUUACUGGCCCACAGAUACGUAAAAUUUACCAACAACGUACUCACGCAUAUGAAGAUACUAAACGAAUCUCACUUAUUUAUGGCAGUAGAUGGAAAACAUCCAAAGCCACUGUGUGA